UAGAAGAUGACUGGACUUUCACAUCUGCUUCUCGGCUCAGUCUCUUGGGAUAUGUUGUUUUGGUUGAAGUACACGGAGAAAAUCAACCACGUAUAGAUAUGUAGUUGGAAAAGGAAGACCAGGGAGGACCCUCUGAAAGGGUCUAGGGCCAGGAAUUCUGGGGCGACAGCUCUAUAGCUGCUGCUGGCUGCUGCGGACUUCAGAGGACACUGAAGGCUCUUAAUCUCACAGGCCCCUCCCUGUCCCCACUGGGGCCCAAGUGCCUGCUGGAGGAGAUUCUUUCCUCCCUUUUUAUUGCCCUAUAAAGCCCAAGGCAAGGGGAUAUAAAGCUGGCAGUCAGGGCCAGGGGAGGGGGGCAGGAGAGAGAGAUGAUACUAAAGCAGGCAGACACAAUGAACUCCCUACUCAUGGGGGUCCUGCUCAGCACUCUGUUGGGGUCUACCCUGGGAAAACACAUGCGGUGCUAUGAAUGCAGAGGAGACCCCAGCAGCUCCUGCAAAGAGACAGUGGCCACCUGCGGGGAGGGGAAACGCUGUGGCUUCCUGGAGCGCAAACCCCAACCAGGCCUGGGACAGAGCAAGCUGUCUAGAAACCCCUCGAUAACCUUGAUUCAUCACUAUCCAGCCUGCAUGGCAGCCCAUCAUUGCAAUCAAGUGGAAACCGAGUUGGUGGGAGACGUGACUUACACAACCCACAGGGACCGCUGCGUCGGAGAUCUGUGCAACAAUGCCAUGGCAAGAAUGGUGGCCCCACCACGAUUUGUGGCUGCAGCAGCCACUGCCCUGGCCUGGCUCCUGCCAGCACUGUGGAGAGGCUAGUAGGCUGU